AUUAUUACUAGUCUCACUUUUUUUGGCGCUUCUUCUCCCCCUUUCAAUUUUACCCUCUCUCUCUCGCACCAGUUGUUUUGCUUGCGUUGACGGCUUUCAAGUGAAACAAACCCCAAAACAGAGCAUAGGGACCAAACCCAAGAUUUGCUACUCGAUUGCAGGUUUCAUAUGAGGUGGUGUUUGUGGGGUUUGAAAUGAGAGUUCAGUUCAUCUGCUGCAGCAAAACAGUUAUGCAGCUUCCACCUCUUUGGUCAUAUGUUGCUGAUUUGAUUUGAUUGUUCUCUGUAGUAGUGGUGGUACAACAUCAUCAUGUUGUGGGAUUCUGAAGGGCUAAAGGGGAUGGGCAAUUAUUCAUUGGAUCCAAAUUGACUCGAUGAUUUCGGUUGGUUUUACCUUUUCGAGCUAUUUAUUUCACCAUAUUGACCCAGUGAUUUGAAGGAUCAAGAGCAGGGACAGUGUAGUGAGGGCAACUAUACCUGUGUGUCGUUUUGCAUAGCCUGCAUCUCCAGCCAAAAACACCAUAUUAUGACUACACUCCUUUUUCUCUAAGGGUCAGAAAAGUGUGAAAUCACUACAGUGCUUUUAUCAGGAGGGAAUCUGUAUCUUGCUUUCAGGGCCAAAAGGGUACCUGGAAAUAUCAAUAUUGUUACCAAUUUGGGAGCAUUCAUGCUUGUUUUAACUGGCUGAAGUGACUGAAAGCAGAGCAAGCGAGGACCUCAAGUGGGUUUCAAAUUCUUGAGGAGUAUAGGUGAAUUGGUAACAAGGGAGGGCCUUUUCCAUUGGGGCGGUGGCUACUGCUAGGCGGCUACAGGGUAGAGUUAGCGUGUCUGCUAGUACAUGCCUGCCAAUCUAGCACUGUGGAGGCAAACUACUUUUGGAAAUUUGCUUUUGUUCUUGUUUUUGUGCAUAUGGGAAUCAUUGAGGGCAGCAUUUGAUCGUUGAGGGUUUUGAGCAAGGUGGCUAAAAAAAUUUGGUGAUAAUUUUCCAAUGAGUCGAGAACAGAAGAGGAUGAAGCAGGAGAAGGGAUCGGAUGACGCCGAGAAGGUGGUGGUUGCGGUUAAGGCGUCCAAGGAGAUUCCCAAGACUGCUCUGGUGUGGGCAUUGACUCAUGUCGUUCAACCUGGAGAUUGCAUUACACUGCUUGUAGUUGUCCCAUCUCAAAGUUCAGGUAGAAAAUUAUGGGGCUUCCCAAGAUUUGCAGGGGACUGUGCAAGUGGUAACAAGAAGUCUCAGUCAGGAACAACCUCAGAGCUGAAAGGUGACAUCUCAGAUUCCUGCUCUCAGAUGAUCCUUCAGCUUCAUGAAGUUUAUGAUCCAAAUAAGAUAAACGUGAAGAUAAAGAUUAUAUCUGGAUCACCUUCCGGGUCUGUGGCUGUGGAGGCCAAGAGAGCUCUAGCUAGUUGGGUUGUGUUAGACAAACACCUUAAACAUGAAGAAAAACGGUGUAUGGAAGAGCUGCAGUGUAACAUUGUGGUUAUGAAGCGUUCCCAGCCAAAAGUUCUUCGCUUAAAUUUGAAUAAUUCACCUAAAAAGGAUGCUGAGUCUGUCUGUCAAGUAGCUUCUGAGCUUGAAGGAUCUGAAAAGCAUACCAAAAAGAAGAAUAAUUCUUCCAUUCGAGGACCGGAUGUGACUCCAACUAGUAGUCCGGAGCUAGGGACACCAUUUACAGCUACUGAGGCUGGAACUUCAUCCGUGUCAAGUUCAGAUCCAGGAACUUCACCUUUUUUCAUUUCUGGAGUAAAUGGAGAUAAAAAGAUAGUGGAAUCAUUGGUUGGUAAAGAAAAUCAGGUCCUUGAUGACAGCAGUUCGGAUACAGAUAGUGAAUGUUUAUCUACAUCUUCAGCAAGUGUGAGGUUCCAACCAUGGAUAGCAGAGUUUCUAAAUUCUCAUCAUCAAUCCUCACAACAGAUAGAAGAAAGUUCACACAGAACUAAUGAUAAUCCUAAAGCACCUACUACCAAAGACUUGCUUGAGAAAAUUUCAAAACUUGAAAGAGAUGCUGGAAUUGGAAUGUCAAAUUAUAGAGGUGACAUGGACUUCAGUGGAAAUCUGAGAGAAGCAAUUUCAUUGUCUAGGAACGCGCCUCCAGGGCCACCUCCAUUGUGCUCGAUAUGCCAACACAAGGCACCUGUGUUUGGAAAACCUCCAAGGUGGUUCAGCUAUGCAGAGCUGGAGCUUGCUACUGGGGGAUUUUCACAGGCCAACUUCUUGGCUGAAGGAGGGUUCGGUUCUGUUCAUAGAGGGGUGCUACCAGAUGGCCAGGCUGUUGCUGUUAAGCAACACAAAUUGGCUAGUUCUCAAGGGGAUCAAGAGUUCUGUUCAGAAGUCGAAGUCCUGAGCUGUGCUCAGCACCGAAAUGUUGUCAUGUUGAUUGGCUUCUGUAUUGAGGACAAAAGAAGAUUGCUGGUUUAUGAAUACAUAUGCAAUGGGUCAUUAGAUUCUCAUCUAUAUAGACGAAAUCGUGAGCCUUUAGAAUGGUCUGCACGGCAAAAAAUUGCUGUGGGAGCUGCUCGAGGGCUGCGUUAUCUUCAUGAAGAAUGUAGAGUGGGUUGCAUUGUGCACCGUGACAUGCGGCCCAACAACAUCCUCAUCACUCAUGAUUUUGAGCCACUGGUUGGGGAUUUUGGCCUCGCAAGGUGGCAACCUGAUGGAGACCUGGCUGUGGACACGAGAGUAAUUGGAACAUUCGGAUAUUUGGCACCUGAAUAUGCUCAAAGUGGUCAAAUCACGGAAAAAGCUGAUGUUUAUUCCUUUGGGGUGGUAUUGGUGGAACUUGUUACCGGGCGAAAAGCAGUGGACCUUAACCGGCCAAAAGGGCAGCAAUGUCUCACUGAAUGGGCACGCCCAUUAUUAGAAGAAUAUGCCAUUGAUGAACUGGUUGACCCUAGCCUGGAAAGCUUUUCAGAACACGAGGUUUAUUGCAUGCUUCAAGCUGCCUCUCUAUGCAUACGGCGUGAUCCUCAAACUAGGCCUCGCAUGUCACAGGUUCUGCGUAUACUAGAAGGCGACAUGGUAAUGGACUCAAAUUACAUGCCAACUCCUGGGUAUGAUGUCGGGUGCCGGAGUGGUCGGAUUUGGUCGGAGCACCAGCAGAAGGAACAUUAUAGUGGACCCCUGGACGAGGCAUUGGAUGGGUAUGGAAAGCUCUCUCUUGAAAAUUCGAGGUCUUCUUUCUGGGAGAGGGACAAGGCAAGGAGGACUUCUUCAUGUGAAGACCAUUUGUAAAGAGCUCACCCUUUUAGAAUUUUACAUAUAUGGUAGACUGACUAUUAUGCGCUCCUUUUUGUAAGGUAAUCCAUGUUCCUUUAGUCUUCUUACAAUGCCACCUGCAUUUUUCUUCUGUAUAGUAAUGGAAGAGGAUAGCCAGGCUUUGUAAUUUUUUUGAAAUCUAAGGAAAACCACGUUAAUCGUGCUCAGAA